UCAAUCAUACGUUCCGUACCAUUUCAAAUAGAAAAGGCCGAAACCAAAACUCAUCUCAUCAUUAAUUUAACCAAAAUUGCCCUUAUCAUGCCAGACCAUACCCUACAAAUCCUCCCCAACCCACCAUUUGUUCCCCCUCCAAGCAAUACACUGAAGUCACCAAUGUAGCACCGAGCUUCCCAGCUUCUAAUUUCUCUCCGUCUUCAUCUUUCUCAUCUUCCAAUACCCAAAGAAUUCUCGAACAUUAGAGAUCAAGCACAUCAUGGGGAGGAAGAUAGUUUCGCACAUCAUGGGGAAGAAGAUAGUUUCUCUGAAGAAGCUGGCAAAUAUGGCGAAGGAGAGGGCCCGAUCAGCCGACCAGGAGGUGGGCUUGCUUAGGGAGCGCUACGGCGAGGAAUGCUCGCCAUCCUCCCCAUCAUCGACGACCCCGCUGGGGUGCUUCCCAGUCUACGUCGGGGAAGGGAGGCAACGGUUCCUCGUGCCGACCGGGUUCCUGUCUCACCCGCUAUUCAAGAUGCUGCUCGAGAAGGCGAGCGACGAGUUUGGGUUUGAGCAGAGGAACGGCCUCACGGUCCCGUGCAGCGUGUCGGUUUUCCAGGAGGUGCUGAACGCCGUGGAGUGCUGCAAUGGGAAGUUCGAGUUUGGUGAGUUGGUGGAGGAGUUUGUCUAGGUGAUCUUGUUAGUAUAGAUUGUAGCAAAAGGGAAGAUGUUUUGUUGACCUUCUGUAGCUCAUCUCCUAUCUCCUAAGUUUGCUCAUUAAAGCGUUGUAUCAUAGCAUUGUAACAUUAUAGUUUCUUGACCAAAUUAGAUACUCGGUCUAUAUUGCGCAAAGCAAUGGCAAUUGGCUAAUGAUUUGGGUGAGGUAA